AUGCCGAUAGAGCCAUCACCCACGUCUUCCACAAUUGCACCUGAGGCCGACCAAGAACAAAUCGUGAGGGAAUUCUUGCAAAAAUUUGGUCGAGGGGCAAAGGCCAGCGCAAUUUGUGCCCGUCUGGCAGAGGUUUGCAUAUCCGGAGAGCCAACCGCUACCCCAUCUCAGGCAACCUCCUCGCAACCUACCAUCUGCGACACAUCUGCUCUCCACACCGAGCCUACAGAAGCAGGGGGACCCGUGCAACCACAAAUGGCCAUGACUCCAGUCAAGGAGUUUUCUUCUUCACCAACGCGUGCCGAUCUUCCGGCGACAAUAUUACUCCCAGCUCCAGAUUCGAUACAUGCUGACGAAGUAAAUGUCCUUGAGGAGGACAGGGAAGAAGAGAUCCACGAUGAAGGGAACUCGGCUGUUGAUGAUGAACAAGACGAUGAAGGAGAUGAUUUUGCGGAUGAUGAAGGUUUAGGGGACGGCCAAAAGGAUCCUGAGACAGCGGAAGAAGAUAAGGACUAUGAGAUACGACGCACUCGCAGGGGGAAGCAACCAGUGGUAACCACUGUCAAGAAACUUCCAGGCUCUGAGAAGAGGAGCGAGCCCACUACCGCACCAAUUAAAGUGUCGUUCGCUCAAGAUACCGAAGAUGAUGCAGGAGAGGAGAACGAAGACUCCAGGGAUGACAGCACCGAGUACCCCAUUUAUUUGCCGGAAGAGGUGGUGGUCACGAAGAAACUUCUAGGAGAGAUGGCCUAUUUUAGUGAUCAUAAGAAGGCCAGAACGUAUGCUGAACGUGGAACGAAGGGGAAGCAGGCUAAGUCAGGAAAAAGCUAUCACCCUGGAUCCCUUCAGGAAAUUGAGUCUGAGGAAGAGUUUCUCUCUUAUAUUAGCGCUAUAGGGUUUGAAUGGCUGCUGAGCCACAGCACUGCGGAGGUGCCAAUGGCCCUUGCUAAGGAGUUCUUCACAUCGUUCAAGUUCAAGUCUACCACAAACAUAGAAACUGACUCGAUUUCAUUCUGUUUGUUCAAUGUUGAUACCACGAUGAGCAUCAGAGAGUGGUCCUUAAGAUUGGGACUGCUGACCAUGGAGGAGGAUAUCAGAGGAGAAUGGGACGACAGACAUAUUGGUCCCCCUAGAAAAACCCCAGGAUUUGACACACAACAGGCGUGCGAGCUCAUCACGCACCAACGUGGGUAG